UUACAAUAAGUUAUAAAUAUUCUUUUCAACGGCAUAAUUGAUAAUACCUUAGUUUCUUUAUUUGUUAUUAUUUGAUUGAUUUUGUGUCUUGUUUCUACUUCUAUUUCUGAUAAAUUUCUUACUUUUCGGUGGUUGUGAGGCUUCGGUUCAACUAGGUUCAACGAACGACGAGUUAAAGCAGACAAAUACAGAUGUGUAUAUAUAUAUAUAAAUAAAUCUAUGAAAUAAAGGAAAUAAAUACUACCAUUCAUCCAUCAUUAGAUAUACACGAAUGGAAACAAUAAAGUAUUUAACGUGAUUAUUUUGUGAGCGCAUUUCUUUUUGUACGUGGGAGAGUUCGCCCAAUGAGGCAAAUGUCAUGGUCGGAUGGUUCGAAAAACACAAGGUGGUAAAUCUCCAAGUAAAAAGUCAAGACGAAGUGAUGAUUCAGAAAAACAAAAGCUGAUAUUUGGUUCUCUCGAAGAAGCAAACGUUCAUAAGAAGAAUUUGUGUGUUGUGUCGUUUCCUAUUAUUUUUCUAUUUAACAUUUUGCACGGGCUGCUAUAUCAUAUAUUCCUUAUCUUGCGAUUUAUCUACUGCAGUUCAUCAAGUUACUUUUGUAAGAAACCAAAACUGAUUUAUAAAAACGAUGCAAGUGUAGAAGAAAACAUCACAGAAGAAAAUCUAGAAAUGGCUCAUAGUUCUCGAACUCCUUGUCCUGGACCUGCAGAUCCUUUACUUGCAAAGCAAAAACAUCAUCAUAGAAGGGCAUUUGAAUAUAUUUCAAGGGCUCUCAAAAUUGAUGAAGAAAAUGAAGGUCAGAAAGAACAAGCUAUUGAACUUUAUAAAAAAGGAAUUGGAGAAUUGGAACUUGGAAUUGCAGUUCAAUGUUGGGGUGGUCGUGGAGAAGUUUGGGAAAGGGCUCAAAGGUUACAUGAAAAAAUGAAAACUAAUUUAACUAUGGCAAAAGAUAGAUUACAAUUUUUAGAAAAUGUGGCCAGUUUACAACAAUUGGACUUAGUGAAUGAAACCAAAAAAUUAGAAAUCCCGAAAACUAGUCUUGUAAGCCAUAUCCCUACUGUUAAACCUAGUUGCACUACCUCAGCCGCAGGAAAAAAACUCACUGUAGCGGCCAAACGUCCGGGCAAUAAUUAUGCUUUGUCAAAGAGUCAAACAUUGCCCAGGUCAAUGGGGUCACGCAUGCCUCAAGUGCAAGCCGUUAGACCUUUUAAUAAAACGUCAACACCCCCGACUAUAAAGAGGCAGACGUCACAUUCAGGACCAGGAAACAACUCACCGGCAAGGAAAGGAAGUGGUUCGAAUAAGAAUCUGGGAAUAGGCCGUACUCGAUCCCCCACUUUGAGGGGAGUGGACCCUAAAUUAGCCCAGUGUAUACUUGAUGAAAUAGUGGAUGGAGGUCAGCAGAUUCACUGGAAUGACAUUGUGGGACAAGAAACGGCUAAACAAGCGCUACAAGAAAUGGUUAUACUACCUUCUUUAAGACCUGAGUUAUUUACCGGUUUGAGAUCUCCCGCAAGGGGGUUACUUCUCUUUGGGCCCCCUGGGAAUGGUAAAACGUUACUUGCCAGAGCUGUAGCAACAGAAUGUCAGGCAACUUUCUUUUCAAUAAGUGCCGCAAGUUUAACUUCAAAAUAUGUAGGAGAGGGCGAGAAACUAGUCAGGGCCCUUUUUGCGAUGGCCAGGGAACUUCAGCCAUCGAUAAUUUUCAUAGACGAGGUAGAUUCUCUUUUAUCAGAACGAUCGAUAAGUGAACACGAAGCCAGCCGAAGGUUGAAGACUGAAUUUCUCGUCGAAUUUGAUGGUCUUCCGUCCAAUCCAGAAAGUGAAAAGAUUAUUGUAAUGGCAGCUACCAACAGGCCUCAAGAGUUGGAUGAAGCAGCUUUGAGGAGAUUUACUAAGAGAGUAUACGUUGCCUUGCCAGAUGCUGAUACUAGAGUACAGCUAUUAACAAAACUAUUGCAGAAGCAGGGCUGUAGUCUGGGAGAAGGGGACUUGAAGAAGUUGGCCAAAUUGACUGAAGGAUAUUCUGCCAGUGACCUUACUGCCUUAGCUAAAGAUGCUGCCUUGGGUCCGAUAAGAGAGUUGGUGCCUGAACAGGUAAAACAACUAGAUCCCAGUUUAGUUAGGGCCAUUACAAUGAACGAUUUUCUGGAGUCUCUCAAACGAAUACGACGAAGUGUUUCGCCUCAAAGUAUUACCGCUUACGAAAAAUGGUCCCAUCAAUAUGGUGACGUAUCCCUUUAAAAUAAAUCAUUUGUUACCUCUCACUUUUUAGUUUAGUUUUCGCGCUUGUUAUGACCUCUUCUCUUACGUUUUACUUUUACCAUAAUAAUUACCCAAAAACCAAGCGCAAAAUCCAAGUCUGAUAUUGAUAUACAUUCCUAUACCAAAUUGGAUGUAAUUCUAUAUAUUUUCUUUAAUUAUAAAUAAUGAUAUUCAAAGACAAAGGUGUCUUGUGAUGAUGCCAUUAAUCUAGUCAAAAAAGUAGAAAGAAAAAAGCUGAGGCCGAAUUCACUAUAUAUAUGCAAUAAAUACGUAAUGUUUAUUGUAUCGUUACUAUCAUUUAAGAGAGGUGACGCAAGUGUUUAAAUAUUAAUUAGUUAUUAAAUUGUAUAAAUUCGGUUCAGCAAAUUCUCCCACGAAUUUUUGGAUGAAUAAUUAAUUAAUGACAAGAAGUUGACGAAAAAAGAUUGAAACUUGCCUUACUAAUCUAAUAUUAUAAA